CAUCGUCAUCAACAAAAUCUCUCGCACCACAAAACCCUGAAAAACAAUGGGAAUAUCCUCGUCCAACAACACCAUCGCUACAACAACAGCAGCAACAUCACCAACUGCUUAAAACCCAUCCCCUAAUGCAGCAGCAGCCGCAUCAGCUGCACUAUCUUAGCCAGCCCGAAGACCAACACCCACAGCAAUAUUGCCACAAUCAGCAACAGCAGGUGUAUCACAGUAAGAGUAGCAGCAGCAACAACAACAACAUCACCAUAAGUAACAGCCACAGCAAGUCAUCGCUGUUGCAACGUUGUCAUCGUCGUCGUCUCCAACUACUACCACUGACAACAAAAGGACUUAAUAAAUACUCAUGGAUAUUUUUAUUAAUAUAUUUAAAUUUUUCUGCUAAAGUUUGCUUAGCAGGUUACAAUGAAAAGAGACUGUUACAUGAUCUAUUAGAUACAUACAAUACACUAGAGCGGCCGGUUUUAAACGAAUCGGAUCCAUUACAAUUAAGUUUUGGUUUAACUUUAAUGCAAAUAAUUGAUGUGGAUGAAAAGAAUCAAUUGCUGGUCACAAAUGUCUGGUUGAAAUUGGAAUGGAACGAUAUGAACCUACGUUGGAACACUUCCGACUAUGGUGGCAUCAAAGAUUUACGCAUACCGCCACACCGGAUAUGGAAGCCGGAUGUGCUGAUGUACAACAGUGCCGAUGAGGGUUUCGAUGGGACAUAUCAAACGAAUGUGGUGGUGCGCAACAAUGGUUCGUGUCUCUAUGUCCCGCCGGGCAUAUUUAAGUCGACAUGCAAAAUCGACAUAACUUGGUUUCCAUUUGAUGAUCAGCGUUGCGAAAUGAAAUUUGGCAGUUGGACAUAUGAUGGAUUUCAGCUGGAUUUACAAUUACAAGAUGAAACUGGCGGUGAUAUCAGCAGUUACGUGCUCAACGGCGAGUGGGAACUACUGGGUGUUCCUGGAAAGCGUAACGAAAUCUAUUACAAUUGCUGUCCGGAGCCAUAUAUCGACAUAACAUUUGCCAUCAUUAUACGUCGGCGGACGUUGUAUUAUUUUUUUAAUUUAAUUAUACCAUGCGUACUGAUAGCAUCAAUGGCUUUAUUAGGUUUUACACUGCCACCGGAUUCGGGUGAAAAAUUAUCACUGGGUGUUACUAUUCUACUCUCUCUCACCGUUUUUCUCAAUAUGGUUGCUGAAACAAUGCCGGCCACCUCAGAUGCUGUGCCCUUGUUAGGUACAUAUUUCAAUUGCAUAAUGUUUAUGGUAGCUUCAUCCGUUGUGUCAACGAUUUUAAUAUUAAAUUAUCAUCAUCGAAAUGCUGAUACACACGAAAUGUCCGAAUGGAUACGUGUGGUAUUUCUAUGUUGGUUACCAUGGAUAUUACGCAUGCACCGACCAGGUAGACCGAUCAUAAUGGAUUUCACAUCAACACCGUGUUCGGAUACAUCCUCGGAGAGGAAGCAUCAGAUCUUAUCCGAUGUGGAAUUAAAAGAGCGCUCUUCAAAGUCUUUAUUGGCCAAUGUCUUGGAUAUAGAUGACGAUUUCCGUAAUGUACGACCUAUGACACCGGGUGGCACAUUGCCCCACAAUCCCGCUUUCUAUCGUACUGUUUAUGGGUAUUUAGAGAAUUUGCAAGGCGAUGAUGGCAGUAUUGGUCCCAUAGGUAGCACACGAAUGCCGGAUGCGGUAACGCAUCAUACAUGCAUUAAAACACAAACGGAAUACGAAUUAAGUCUAAUAUUAAAGGAAAUACGUUUCAUCACCGAUCAGCUUCGCAAAGAAGAUGAGGAAAAUGAUAUAGCCAAUGAUUGGAAAUUUGCCGCUAUGGUCGUUGACAGACUGUGCCUUAUCAUAUUCACAAUGUUCACAAUAUUAGCUACAAUAGCUGUACUACUAUCGGCACCACAUAUUAUUGUCUCGUAGCUAUAUGAGAGAGGUGGUUAUUGUUAUUGGUUUUAUCAUAAAAUCAAUUUGUUAAUUAUUAAAUUAAUAACGAAACUUUUUAAAUAAAAAAAUCCAUUAAAAAAACAACAACAACAAGAACACACAAGAAGACACAAUCUAAAAAAAAAAUCUAUAAAAAAAUC